AGUGCCAAAAAAAACACAGAAACCGCCUGCUGUAAGGGUCCCAGUAGCAACUGUUACAACCCAAGAAGAGUCAUGUGAAGUUGAAGAGGAAUUCUUUGGCCCAGAAGUUCAACCAUCCGUGUCAACUGUCAACACUGCUUCACCUUCACCAGCCCGGGAAGAAUCAGAUGUCCUUAAGCUGCAAUGGGAAAUCGAGCAACUUAAAGUAGAAUUAGCUGACUUUAAAGUAAAACUUAUUGAGGUUGAGAAAGAGAGGGAGAUUUUAUUGGCACGCCAGUUUUCACUGGACAAAAUUAAAGAUGAUGAUUCAGCAGUUCUAUUUUAUACUAGAUUUCCAAACUAUGCAGCACUCAGGCUUCUACAAUUUCAUUGAACAGAAGUUGAAAAAGAUGCAGUACUGGAAAGGAGAGAAAAUUCUUUAAAGAGAGUCAGCCAUACCAAAUGGAGGAUAACAGAAAAAACCUGGGCCUUCAAGAAAACUUUCAUACUUGGAUGAAUUUUUACUUGUUCUUAUGAGACUUAAGGCUGGGUUAUUUGUACAAGAUCUCACUGAUAGAUUUGGGAUCAGCAGAAGCCUGGUGUCAAGAAUCUGCAUAACAUGGAUCAAUCUUCUAUAUGUGGAACUAAAAGACCUUUUCCCAUUUCCAGCGCAAGAACUGGUUCGCAAGAAUAUGCCACAAGAGUUUGCUCAAUAUGCAACAACUAGAAUUAUUUUGGACUGUACAGAACUUUUUAUACAACAUCCUUCGGCAAUGCUUGCGCAGUCUGAGACAUGGUCUGAUUACAAGCACCACAACACUUGGAAGCUCUUGGUUGGUGUAACCCCAAAUGGCCAAGUGAGUUUCUUGUCAGACCUCUGGGGUGGGCGAGUAUCUGAUAAACAAAUUACAAAGGAAAGCGGGGUUUUGGGUUUGUUAGAACCUGGCAACAAUGUCAUGGUAGACCAUGGCUUUGAUAUUUCUAACGGUCUUUCAGUCAACAUGCCACCUUUCUUGGCUGGACGAGAACAAAUGACUGCGGCAGAAACUGAGGAGACAAUGAGUAUUGCAUCAGUGCGCAUUCAUGUGGAGUGUGCAAUCAGCAGAAUUAAGACUUCCCACAUUUUGGAUGGUACACUGCCCAACACACUUAGUCCAUAUGCCACUCAGAUAGCAGUGGUCUGUGGGCUAUUGACAAACUUUUUGCCACCUUUGUUAGAACCAGCUAAAGAACCACUACAUGUGCUUGUAUCAUGAAGCAACUAAUUUUUGUUCUCUGUAGCCUAGGAAUGUCAUGUAAAGAGAAAUUAUGUUUUGAUCACUUAACCCUUUAAACCCUUACAUCAAAAUUUAAAUUCUCAUUUCGUGCCCCUAUACAUUUCCUAUAGAAGAAGUUGGGAGAAUUUGUUAAAAUAUCAAGCAGAUUCACUUUGUGUGAUCAUGUCCUUAAUUCUCAUGACUACUCGGCUUAAUGUAACAUUGUUAUUACGAAGAGAAAAUUUAAAUUUGAUGCUGAUCACUCUUGGACUUAAAGGGUUAAGAAAACAUUGAAUGGGCCAAUGAUGUUAUGUAAGCUUGUAGCCAUAGCAACACUUCCAAGCCUAAAAAUUGAUAUGGUCCUUUUAAUUCUUUCAUUGAUUUAGGUGUAAUAUUUCUCUUUACAGUAGGAAAUAUUAAUGUUGUCAUUGUUCAGGGAAAAAUAAGAUGAUGUUGGACCUAUGAAAUCGAGACAAGGCACCAUUGUAUAUUGUGCAAAAAAGGGAAGUGAUUUACAUGAAAGUCAAAUAAGAGUUGAAUUACAUCUUUAUUUCAGUAUAACAAGAAGCAAGGAAUGGAGCUUCAUAAUUUUAUCUGUCAAACAGUUAAUUUUUUUCUGUGAAUAAUAAUAUAAUUAUUGUCAAUGGGCUCUUUGA